AUGUCCACAAAGAGGAAUAGUGAAAUAUGCUCUGUUCCAUUCUGCACAGCUGAUCUAUCUCGAUACCAAUGCGAAUAUUAUCAUUCGAAAACGAAGCUAAAAGUUUGUCUCCCAUGCUCCCGGUUUUACUGGAAAUACAAACGUGAUCGUAGUGAAGCACAAAUGUCUGAUAAGUGUAGCAGGUGCAAAGUCAGAAACAAAAAUUACAAUUGCUCGGUAACGCAGCAGCCAUUGUGUAGAUGUUCGGUUCCAUUUUGCACAGUUGAUCUUUCUCAAUAUCAAUGCAAUUUCUAUCAUCCGAAAACGAUGCUAAAAGUUUGUCGCCCGUGUUCCCUGUUUUUCAAUAAACACACACGUGAUCGUACUGAAGCACAACUUUCCGAUACGUGCAGCAAGUGCAAAGUCAAAACGAAAAGGCAGUAUUGUUCGAUAACGCAGCUGCCAUUGUAUUUCACUGAUCACAGCUUCAGCUCUCCUGAUGGCAAUGGUGCUUCAGACCUUGUCAUGGAGGAUGAAACUAAAACUCCUGAAGAUGCUUUUGAUCAUUCAGACUUCUAUGUUCAUAGCUCUCAUGAUCAUGUUAGUGGUAGUAAUAAGAAUCGGUAUACUGCAAUUGGGAAUCAGGAAGAGAAUUAUGAUAUUAUUGCAACUGAUGUCUCUAAUUGUUUUACGAAUGCGAAUCUUCUUCCUGAAAUCGAAAUCUCGGAUCACCGGUUGAAGAGCAAUAGUGAAAUAUGUUCUGUUCCAUUCUGCACAGUUGAUCUUUCUCAAUAUCAACGCAAAUUCUAUCAUCCGGAAACGGAGGUAAGAGUUUGUCGCCCGUGCUGCCGGUUUUUCAAUAAACACAAACGUGAUCGUACUGAAGCACAAAUGUCUGAUAAGUGUAGCAAGUGCAAAAUCAAAAAGAAAACGAUUCAUUGUUCGAUAACGCAGCAGCCAUUGUGUAAACAAAAUUUUAAACCAGACACCAAUAUACCUGUUUUAAUCGACGAGCCAUCAAAAAAUCAUGAAAAAAUCGGAUCAGGAUCCCGUUUUGCUGCUCCUCAACUUGUCUCCGAUGUCUGUGAGGCGCCGAUUCAAAGACCAAGGAAUACUUUAUUUAAGAAAGAAAAACCAAUAAGAAGAAUGAGACAGAUUCACGACGAUGAAGACAUUGAUUCCGACUAA